AUGUCACUGCUGGCUAAGAGCUUGGUGCAAGCCCGCGCAGUGCACGGCAAGAGCGGCGUUGAAGAUACGGACGACACUUACCGCACGCCACGUUCCGACCGCUUCGCCACCGGCCGCUCCGUGAACUCAUCUUUCAUCAAUUCACAAAUCUCCGAGUGGGCUCGCAAAAAGCCUGAGCGGGAGGGUCUUGUUGUCGUAUGGCUGUUUUGA